AUGACGCAAGCAAUCCCCCAAACAGGCCAGCUCUGGAAGGUCAUCGGAACAAAUGGACUGGACUCACUCCACUUCUCGGAACAAAAAAUUCCAGAAGUCGGCGACAGCCAGGUCUUGGUCAAGUGUUUGUUCACCAUGCUGCCCCCUUAUGGCCCCGAGGUACAUGUAACUAAUAGAGAACACCUGCUUUUAGUACAAGGCGCCACUCUGAAUUAUCGAGACCUGACCAUCAUUGAAGGCAGAUACCCUUGGGACGUCAAACCAGACGUUGUUCCCGGGUCUGAUGGCGCAGGCACAGUACUAGCUGUUGGCAAGCACGUUACUCGAUUCAAGCAAGGUGACAAAGUGCUCACGACACUUUCUCAAAGCUAUAUUGGAGGAUCUUUCACCGACGAGAUACCAAAGUCUGGACUCGGCGGUGUACUCGACGGGACGUUUCGCACCUUUGGGGUCUUCAACGAACAAGGACUCGUUCCGCUGCCUCGAGGCUUGAGCUUCAUUGAGGGCGCGUCCCUGGCGUGUGCUGGUGUCACUGCCUGGAACGCCCUCUUUGGACUGCCCGGUAAGCAAGUCUCGGCUGGACAAUGGGUUCUUACGCAGGGCACAGGUGGAGUGAGCACUUUCGCCAUUCAGUUCGCCAAAGCUGUCGGGGCCAGGGUGAUUGCAACCACCAGCUCUGCCGAGAAGGCGAAACAUCUCGAAAAGCUCGGGGUUGACCAUAUCAUCAACUACCGCGAGACUAUCGAGUGGGGGCAGGAAGCGAAAAGGUUGACCGGAGGUGUUGGCGUUGAUUUGGUCGUCGAAGUUGCGGGACCGACGACGUUGAGGGAGAGCCUCAUCAGUUGUAGACUCGACGGCUCCAUCAUAACCACUGGGUUUGCUGGCGGUAAUCCAGCUGGGCACGACAUGCCGACGUUUCUGGAUUCGUGGUUGAGUCUAGUCACCGUUCGAGGAGUCUGGUGCGGCAGUCGACUACAGCUCGAAGACAUGUGUCGGGCCAUCGAGGCCGACUUGGACAAGCUGCGCCCUGUCAUUGAUCCCAAGGUCUUCAAUCUGAAACAGCUCAAGGAGGCGUAUGUGUACUUGCAGUCAGGAAAACAUCAGGGAAAAGUCGGCAUCGAAAUCAAUUGA